AUGAUGGCCCAGAGGCCUCUGCCUAAGCUUGCUCCUGGGCUAGUUGAUCCAGCGUCUAUGGCUGGCGACCAAGCCACUAUUCAGGCUUGCGCUGUGCUGGAUCAAUUGAAUGCUGCCAUUACCAACGGUGACUUCAAGGCGCUCGAGCAAUGCUUUUAUGCAGAACAAGCGUACUGGAGAGAUCAGGUAGCGCUUACUUACCACAUUCGGACAUUCCGGACACCUGGAGUGAUUGCCUCUAGUCUUCUAGAGACAACAAAGUUAAGAAAGAUCACUGCCGAGGGGAUUCAAGUUGAUGGCAGUGCUGCUUUCUUACCAGUUACUCCUGUUCUCCAAUUCAUUGAUUGCCCUAUUGUAUUCAACACUGGCUCCCCGGAAGGUACUUGCCGAGGCAAGGUGCUAUUCUUGCCUGUUGUUCAAGAGGGCACUGACUCAAUUAUUUGGAGAAUCUGGAUUUUGAGCACUCGUCUUGAAACCCUUGGUUCGCAUGUUGAGGAUCAAGAGUCACUCAAGGCCCCUCGGAGAGAAUUGGAUAAUGCAGUUGACUUCGAAACCGAGGUCUUGAUCAUUGGAGGAGGAAACUCUGCAAUUACUCUUGCUGCGCGAUUAAAGGCCCUCGGUGUUGAGAAUGUUAUGGUUGAUCGCAACGAGAAUCCAGGAGAUAACUGGGCUCUUCGUUACGAUUGCAUGCGCUUCCAUCUCCUUACUUCGGCAUGUGAACUUCCAUUCAUGCGCUACGACGAAAGUCUUCAGAGCCCUCAUCUGUUGACUCGCGAUGAUCUAGCGUUGCAUGUUCAACGAUAUGUGGAAACCUUGAAUUUGAACCUCAUAAAUUCAGCCACAAUCCAGUCGACAAUCUAUAAUGAGAAGACCAGCCAAUGGAGCAUCACAUUCCAAACACCUUCUGGCCAGCGCAAGGCAACCUCGAAACAAUUGGUUCUAGCUACCGGAAUUGGAUCGAACAGGCCUAGGAUUCCGGAGAUUGCGGACUCGCAUCUAUACAAAGGCACAGCUCUUCACUCGGCUCAUUACAAAAAUGCCAAUUUGCUGCGAGAACAAGGCGUUAAGUCUGCAAUGAUCAUUGGAUCUGCCAACACAGCAUUCGAUAUUAUUGAAGACUGUCACGCGGCAGGUCUUGAAACAACAAUGAAUGCCAGAUCCCCAACAUACCUACUGCCACUUGAAUACAUUUGUCAGAGCUUAGCCGCUUAUGAAGUUGAUGUCGAUGCUGCAGAUAAACGACUCUGCUCAUUGCCUUCAUUCGUGGACGCCCAAAUAGGUCGCGGCGUAUAUGCCAACUUUGCAUCAAAACAGCCAGCUCGAUAUACUGCACUCGAAGCCGCCGGAUUCCAGGUUAUGGAUAGUUGCCACCCCAACGUUGCCUUACUGCAUAACCUCCUUGAACGUGCCGGUGGUCACUAUAUCGAUAUCGGUGGUACAAAGCUAAUCGAGGAAGGUAAGGUACGUAUCAAGGCUGGUGUUGAGCCAGUCGCGUAUACUGAGACAGGCCUACUCUUCUCGGAUGGAAGCCGGGUUGAAACGGAUGCAGUGGUCUGGUGCACUGGAUUCUCUGACACAAAUGCAUUGAACACUGCUGCUGAGAUUCUUGGCGGGUCUGUGGAAUAUGGAUCUAUGUGCAAGAAUGACUCGGAAGGUGGGUCACACAUCUUGGGUCCUCAUGAUAUUGCCUCUCGUCUGGAUGCGACUUGGGGAGUUGAUGACGAGGGUGAGAUUCGUGGCAUGUGGAAACGACACUUGAAUGUUGAUAACUUUUGGAUUAUGGGUGGCUUUGCUCAACCUCAGCGGUGGCAUUCUCGUAACUUGGCGCUUCAGAUUAAGGCUGCAGUGGAAGGUGUACUGCCACCAGCUUAUCGUGAUACACCAUUACCGGUGAAUUCCUGA